AUGUCGACCAUCACUCGCGCAUUCACCAAGCGCAACAAGCGCCCGGAGGUGUCUGCGCCCAUGCCGUACCGUGGCGAAGGUCAUAUUCGAUUCAACUCGGGUUCCAUAAAGCGCGGCAACAUCUCCGGUCCGGUGCAGCUAUUAUCUACCACCAACAUGUUGGCCUACAACGCACCCGAUCUGAAUUCCAAUUCGCCCAAUUCUUCAUCUGCCUCGUCGCUGCGGUCGCGCGACGACUCUGAUUUCUCUAUCUCGCCCCACAGUUACUCUUCAUCCAUCACUACGCCUGAUGUCUCGCCACACGAGCCCGAGCCCGUGGAUUACUUUCCCAAGCGGUCUGCGACCGUGACAAGCCACCCCCGCUCUUCUGCGACAUCUUCCUCGUCGACCGAGGCUCCGUUGAUCCCGAAGCGUGCUCUGUCGCACACCAAGCGAUCCCACCAGGAGCUGGCCCGCAAGCGAUCACAGCAUCGAUUGUCGCCUCCUCCACUAGCUGCCCCCCGCAGUAAUCCCACCAUGCGUGCUUCCCAGGAUAUGUUCCGGGCAGAGGCUCACCCCUUCAGCAAGGAACUGGAGCAGGUGAACGAGGUGGCUGAGGAAUUCGGGGCAACUCCCUUGAUGGACGAGGAGGAGCGUACUUUGCGCCGCAAGGGUCUGCAGAAAUUCACCGUCGACGAUUAUCUAUUCGAAAUUCAGGAUCUCUACGGCAGCAUCUUUGACGAUAAAUUGGGCCCUCUGAGCACAGGUGCCUGGCUAUGA